AUGCCUCGCGAGCAGACUCAGCAGCGCGCCCCAAAAGACCACUCUGCGCCGCAGAAAUCGGCACCGAAGCACAAGAACAGACGAGGCCUCGAUGCCCUCUCCAUUGCAGAAAAACAAAUCAAAACAAAACUCGGCGUGCGUCGCAACCGCCUAGGUUUCUACGACGACGGAACCAACUACAAAAAGCAUUCGCGCCGCGAUGAGGACGAGGAUGAGGAUGAAGAAGAGCGCCCAAUCUACAAACGCCGCAGAACCGAUGGUGACGACCUUGGAAGCCUUGACGGCGGAAGUGAUAGUGAUGGCCACGAAUGGAAGCUUGGACAAGUGGACAGCGACGACGAUGAAGAGCUGGACAGCGACGAAGCUCUAGGAGAAAGUGACGAGGAGCGAUUUGAAGGCUUCACAUUUCGUGGAAGCUCUACGACCAAGUCCAAGCCGAAGCCGAAGAAAGCCGUCAAGCCUAAAAGGAUCACCUUAUCCGAGGAUGAAGUCGAGUCUGAAGAAGACGAGGCGGAUGAAGAAGACGAGGACGACGACGACCUCGGAGAGGACGCUGUGGAUCUUCUUACCGCUUGGGAUAUGAACACGAAGGAGGAAGAGGAGGACGCCAAGAAAGCGGCUGCAAAAACUAAGAAGGCUGCUGCAGGCGAUGAUAGCGAAGAGGAUUUGGGCUCUCAGGGAGACAGUGAAGAAGGAGACAGCGAAGAUGAAGCCAGUGAUGACGAUUCUGAUCUAUCCAUGUCAGACGACGAUGUGGAUGCUCGAGAGGAUGGGCUGGCCAAGCUGCAAGACUUCGUGAAUUCAAUGCAGACCAACAAAAACACUAAAAAGUCUGGCCAAAAGUCCCAGGAGCAGGGCAAGCCUUCCGAAUACGGCUUGACAUCCUCUCACAAACUGACUGUCGCCGAUCUUUUGCCUUCGAUCACGGAUUCGCGCCUCAAGAGCUCUCUCAAGCACGUUGACGCUGCUCCUCAAACAUCGAAAUCGGGCAUUCCGGGCAAGCUGGAUGCUCCUCUCGCGAAGCGCCAGCAGGACAAGAUCGACCGAGCUGCGGCUUAUGAUAAGAGCAAGGAAACUCUGGACCGGUGGCUCGAUACCGUCAAGAAUAACCGCCGCGCCGAACAUCUCGUCUUCCCUCUUCCUGAUCCCGACAAUGAACAGGUCCACCGCAUGGAUGUGACUAAGCCAUCUACAGACUUGGAAAGCACUAUUCAAAACAUCCUGCAGGAGAGUGGACUGGCCGAGACGAAUGGCAAGUCUGCUGAAGAAGAGAUUCAGGGCUUUGAGGAAUUACAGUCCCGUACACUCCCCAUUGAAGAGAUCCAGGCCCGGCGAGCAGAGCUGCGCAAGCGACGUGAUCUGCUUUUCCGGGAGGAGGUGCGUGCCAAGCGCAUCAAGAAGAUCAAGAGCAAGUCCUUCCGCCGCGUUCACCGCAAGGAGCGCGAGAAGCUCGAGCAACAGGAGCGCCAGGCGCUUUUGGAAGCCGGUGUGGAUCUGGAUGAGCAGGAGCGCGAUGAGAACGAGCGGAAGAGGGCCGAGGCUCGCAUGAGCUCUAAGCACCGCGAGAGCAAGUGGGCCAAGAGUCUGAAGGAAACCGGCCGCACUGCCUGGGAUGAAGAUGCUCGUAACAAUGCGAACGAUUUGGCCUUGCGGGAGGAAGAGUUGCGGAAGCGCAUUGAAGGCAAGAGUGUCUCUCGCGGAGAUGACGACUACCUCGGGUCUUCUAGCUCCGAGUCAGAAGAGGAGGACCCCUGGGCUGAGGAUGCUUCUGAUAACGAGAAGCGCAAGUUGCGGCAAAAGCUUGAUGCUCUGGAAAAAGAUGAUGUUGAGGACGGUGACAAGGGACCUCAUUCCAAUCUCUUCGCUAUGAAGUUCAUGCAAAACGCCGAGGCCGCUCGCAAGGAGGAGAACGAUGCCGAACUCCGACGGAUCAACCGGGAGCUGCAUGGCGAGGAAUCCCAGUCUGAAGCCGAAUCAGAGGUUGGUCGACGGAAGUUUGGCCAGUCAAAGAAGGCUGAGACCAAGUCCAAGGCUAAGUCCUUGCCGAGGAACGAGCUAGAGGAUGCAGUUGAUUCAGAUGCCGCACCUGAUUCAGACCAGGAUGUCGACAUCGUGGUCGACCGCCCUAGCAAGCAGAAGUUGGGCCUCUCCGGUCCAAAGUCUGCCCCUCGACCCAACACCAAGCACGCUGCCACGCAGAACGCUCCUGCGGAGGAAGAGAACCCCUGGCUGGUGCAGACAGAGCGCACCAACCGCCGACGAACCGGUGCAGAUGCUUCGGAGACGAUCGACAUCUCACUCAAUGACCCACAGCCUCAAGUCGCUGAGGCCAGCAGCUCGUCUAAGAAGAGCAAAGCAGCCAAGCCGACCAAACAGCGUGCUCAUGAGAACGACAGCGACGAUGAGGACAACGUGCCCGUCCUUCUGAAGAACCACGAUCUAGUACAGCGAGCCUUCGCAGGUGACGAUGUGGUGCAAGACUUCGAGCAAGAAAAGCUGGACACCAUCGAAGACGAAGGCGACAAGAUUGUGGACAACACGCUCGCAGGGUGGGGCAGCUGGACCGGUGACGGCGUCAGCAAGAAGCAGCAGAAGAAGCAAAAGCGCUUCCUGACCAAGGUGGAAGGAGUGAAGCCCGAGCAGCGCAAGGAUGCCAAGCUUUCUCGAGUGAUUAUCAACGAGAAGCGAGUCAAGAAGAACGCCAAGUACAUGGCCAGUCAACUACCUCACGAGUUCGAGAACAGGACCCAAUACGAGCGGUCUCUGCGCAUGCCUCUGGGUCCGGAGUGGUCUACGAAGGAAACCUUCCAGAGUGGCACCAAGCCUCGCGUUAUGGUCAAGCAAGGCAUUAUCAAACCGAUGGAGAAGCCCAUGUACUAA